AUGGCUGACAGAAGUGGGAAGAUGGUUCCAGGACAAGUGUAUAUUGAAGUGGAAUAUGAUUAUGAAUAUGAAGCCAAGGACAGAAAGAUUGUGAUAAAACAAGGGGAGCGGUAUAUCUUGGUGAAAAAGACCAAUGAUGACUGGUGGCAAGUUAAACCAGAUGAGAAUUCUAAAGCCUUUUACGUGCCAGCCCAAUAUGUUAAGGAGGUCACCCGCAAAGCUCUAAUGCCUCCUAUUAAGCAGGCAGUUGGACUGCCAAAUAAUUCUAUGAAAAGGAUGCAGAGUCUACAUCUUCAGAGAUCGACAGAAAAUGUGAACAAAUUGCCUGAGCUUUCAAGUUUUGGGAAGCCAGCGUGGUCUGUUCAAGGAACAGGUCUUAUUCGUGAUGCCAAUCAGAAUUUUGGACCCAAUUAUAAUCCAGGUCCAACUCUCAAUCUAAGCCUGGACCUGACCCAUAAUAAUGGAAAGUUUAACAGUGACUCACAUUCUCCUAAAGUUUGUAGCCAAAACAGGACGCGCUUAUUUGGUCACUUUCCUGGUCCAGAGUUCUUGGACAUUGAGAAAACUAGCUUCUCCCAGGAACAGUCUUGUGAUUCAGCAGGAGAAGGCUCGGAAAGAAUCCAUCAAGAUUCUGAAUCUGGAGAUGAACUUAGCAGCAGCUCCACUGAACAGAUAAGGGCAACUACACCUCCAAAUCCAGGAAGGCCAGACUCUCCUGUGUAUGCUAACCAAGAAUUGAAAAUAUCCCAGUCUGCUGUCCCCCCACUUCCUGGGAGCCCAGCAAUUCAGAUUAAUGGAGAAUGGGAGACUCAUAAAGAUAGUUCAGGGCGUUGUUACUACUAUAACCGAGGAACACAGGAAAGAACUUGGAAGCCACCCCGCUGGACUUGGGAUGCAAACAUAAGCAACGAUUUCCAAAGUCCAGGAGAUCAAGAGCUUCUUUCAUCAGAAGAAAACUACCACAGCAUUUGUUACAGCCAGUCAGAUAGUCAGUGUGGUUCUCCUCCAAGGGGUUGGUCAGAAGAGUUGGAUGAACGUGGGCAUACCUCAUAUACCAGUGACUAUACUAAUGAAAAGUGGCUCAAGCAUGUUGACGAUCAAGGUAGACAGUAUUACUACAGUGCGGAUGGAUCUCGGUCGGAAUGGGAAUUACCAAAAUACAAUCCUUCAGCCCAGCAGCAAAGAUAAAUAAUUAAAAGUAGGAGCUUGGACAGGCGGCUGCAAGAACCAAUAGUAUUAACAAAAUGGAGACAUAGCACCAUUGUAUUGGACACCAAUGACAAGGGUCAAGAGAAAUAUGGAUUAUUAAAUGUAACAAAAAUUACUGAACAUGGGAAAAAGGUUUGAAAGAACUGGUUGUCUUCUUGGGCAGUAUUGCAGGGUUCAUCUUUACUUUUUACCAAAACUCAAGGAAGUAGCACAAGUUGGUUUGGGAGUAAUCAGCCCAAACCAGAGUUCACAGUGGAUCUCAGAGGGGUAACCAUUGAGAUGGCAUCAAAGGAUAAAUCAAGCAAAAAGAAUGUAUUUGAGCUGAAAACUCGUCAAGGAACAGAAUUGCUAAUUCAAUCUGAUAAUGAUGCUAUUAUUAAUGAUUGGUUUAAAGUUCUUAGUAGUACUAUCAGUAAUCAGGCGGUAGAAACUAAUGAAGGAAUUGAAGAGGAGGUACCAGAUUCACCAGGAAUAGAAAAGCCGGAUAAAGAAAAAGACCAGAAGGAUCUUAAAAAACUUCGUUCCAUGAAAGUAUCUAGCAUAGAUUCUUCACAACAGAAAAAAAAAAAAAACAAGAAGAAUUUAAAGAAGUUUCUUACACGACUCCCCACUUUGCAAGCUGUUCGUGAAAAAGGUUAUAUUAAAGAUCAGGUGUUUGGAUCCAAUCUUGCUAAUCUGUGUCAGAGAGAGAAUGAAACAGUGCCAAAGUUUGUGAACUUAUGUAUUGAACAUGUUGAAGAACACGGUUUGGAUGUUGACGGAAUCUACAGAGUGAGUGGCAACCUUGCAGUGGUCCAGAAGCUGAGAUUUGUAGUCAAUCAUGAUGAGAAAUUGGACUUGAAUGAUAGUAAAUGGGAAGACAUUCAUGUUAUCACUGGAGCACUCAAAAUGUUUUUUCGAGAACUACCAGAACCUCUUUUUACAUUUAAUCAUUUUAAUGAUUUUGUUAAUGCAAUUAAACAAGAACCAAGACAGCAUGUUGCUGCUGUUAAGGACCUGAUCAGACAGUUGCCAAAGCCAAAUCAAGAUACAAUGCAGAUUCUUUUUAGACACCUCAAAAGAGUUAUAGAAAAUGGAGAAAAAAAACGGAUGAAUCAAAGUAUAGCAAUUAUUUUUGGUCCCACUCUGUUAAAGCCAGAGAAAGAGACUGGUAAUACAGCAGUUCAUACUGUGUACCAAAAUCAGAUUGUAGAAUUAAUUCUUCUAGAAUUAAAUUCCAUCUUUGGACGUUGA